AUGGACGACGAUGAAUUAACCCCUUCGAACAAGUGCCCAGUCUGUGGCAGCGAUCCUCGGACACAUCCAGGACUUCGCUUCAAGAUCAACACUAAGUGCUAUCACCGGAUCUGUGAAGGCUGUGUGGAUCGAAAUUUCUCAAGCGGCAAAGCCGAAUGUCCGGUAGGAGGAUGCCAUGUCAGUCUCUGGAAACGAGAAUGGCGGACUCAGACAUUUGAAGACCUCAAGAUCGAACGCGAGGUGGAGAUUCGGAAAAGGGUGACUAGAAUCCUUGAUCGGCAGGAGGGAGAAUUUGAGUCGAAACGAUAUUAUGAUGACUUUUUGGAGCUCCGAGAAGAAAUGAUCAUGAAUCUGGUCUUUCGCACGGACGUAGCAGCGACGAACCGCAAGCUGAAGGAGUACGCAAUCGCAAACGGUCUCAAAGUGGAUUCGAACGAAACGACCGAGGCGGGCUCCAAACUCUUGAAGAAGAAGGAUGUUGACCCAACAGUUGCAGAUCCCAGUGGACUGAUCAAGGGUCUGAAGAAGAAGAUCAUCCCCGUUGCUGUGGCGCCAUACGAUCCCUUUAUGGGAAUGCCACGCAACAGAGAAUAUUACGAAGUCAAAGAGAGCUACAUUGCUCGUGCAAGGGGAAAGCCCGCCGAGGCCAUGGUUGCUGCAGGUUAUGACUUUGGACAAUACAUGGAUGAGUGUCUCCUGCGGGCAUUUGCGGGACUGGGGGUUUUCAUUCAGGAUGAGAUGGCGGGGAAGGACAACGCAACUGUUCCUGUGCCGGGCACCGCAGAGGUCAAGGGCGCAGACGACGUGUUUUGA